AUGAACAGAAAAGAGACAACAAGAAAGGAAAUAAGCAAUACCAACAACGGAAACCACGACGGGAAAACACCAUCCAACCACGCUAUCAUUUAUCGCCCUUCUUAUUUUCUCCAUAUUGUCUUCUCUAACUGCUCCACACUAGACUCCUGUACACACCACUAUCUACUCCAUAUGUUGCUGAGAAUAUUGUUUCGGCCCGCCACCGCAAGAACACGAAAAAUGCACAUUUCGGCCAUUCCCCUGAGCUGGGGCGACUCAAACAACUACGCAUAUCUUCUCAUUGACGAGCCUUCGCGCCACGCCUGGCUCAUUGACCCGGCAUUCCCGGAGGAUGUCCAGAAAUACUUGGCCUCGGCCCAAGAGAGCUUUGAGCUCAAGGCUAUCGUCAACACACAUCACCACUGGGACCAUGCGGGCGGAAACGGCUUUUUCCACAAGAAAUACCCGGAUUUGCCCAUCAUAGCAGGCACUGGCUCCGAGCUAGUCACCUAUACGCCUUUACACGAGGAAGUGAUCGAUUUGGGCGACAACAUCAGCGUCACUGCCCUUCACACGCCGUGCCACACUCAGGACUCCAUAUGCUACUAUGCCCACGACGCCAAUACGGGCGAAAAGGCUGUUUUCACCGGCGAUACGCUUUUCACCUCCGGUUGCGGCCGUUUCUUUGAAGGUUGGCCCGAACAGAUGAAUGCGUCGCUUAACAAGGUCUUGGCAGCUUUGCCCCACGAAACGGUGGUCUACUCGGGCCAUGAAUACACGCGGUCCAACGUGCGCUUCAGCAAGAAAGUCUUACAGAAUUCUGCCCUUGACCGCUUGGAGAAAUAUGCCAGCGAAAACGAGUUCACGACUGGCAAAUUCACAAUCGGCGACGAGUUGGAAUUCAACCCGUUCAUGCGUUUGCUGGACCCACAAGUCUUAAAGGCGACCGGGAAGUCUGAUCCUGUAGAAGUGAUGGCAAAAUUGCGUGAGAUGAAGAAUAAAGGAUAA